ACCGGGCUGGCAGCCUAGGGCGGCUUCCCCGAACCUCUGCUGCGCGUCCAUGCAGUCGCCUCGGCCGCUAGACAAUUCCCGAAAAAGCAAAUCCUUCAGAUGGGGCCUAGCGCAUCUCCCAUGGUUGCUACACAGCCGGUCCACAGCAGGCCUCGGCCUCUAACCCUUCCCCUCUGGCCCCGACAUCAGGGACUGGAGGACACUGGCGCGCCCCGGGGCCUGGCACUGAAUGAAUGCUUGCCUUGGCGCUCGCUUCUACCUUCGGGUACUCCAGCCACGGAGUCGCUCCGCGUCGGCGAGCGCUGGCCUCCGUACCGUCUCAGCCAGGACCCUCAAAGUCUGGGAGGAACCGGGAAUCGGAGUGCCUGGCGAUUUGGGCAACCAGCUGGAGGCAAAGCUGGACAAGCCGAAGGUCGUGCAUUACCUGUGCUCCAAGAGGACGGACAGCUACUUCACACUCUGGCUGAACCUGGAACUGCUGCUGCCCGUCAUCAUAGACUGCUGGAUCGACAAUAUCAGGCUAAUUUACAACAAAACAUCCCGGGCCACCCAGUUUCCUGAUGGCGUGGAUGUGCGUGUCCCUGGCUUCGGGAAGACCUUCUCAUUGGAGUUCUUGGAUCCCAGCAAGAGCAGCGUGGGUUCCUAUUUCCACACCAUGGUGGAGAGCCUUGUGGGCUGGGGCUACACGCGGGGUGAGGACGUCCGAGGGGCCCCCUAUGACUGGCGCCGAGCCCCAAAUGAAAACGGGCCCUACUUCCUGGCCCUCCGAGAGAUGAUCGAGGAGAUGCACCAGCUGUAUGGGGGCCCUGUGGUGCUGGUUGCCCAUAGCAUGGGCAACAUGUACACGCUCUACUUUCUGCAGCGGCAACCGCAGGCCUGGAAGGACAAGUACAUCCGUGCCUUUGUGUCACUAGGCGCGCCCUGGGGGGGCGUGGCCAAGACCCUACGCGUCCUGGCCUCAGGAGACAACAACCGCAUCCCAGUCAUUGGGCCCCUGAAGAUCCGGGAGCAGCAGCGGUCUGCUGUCUCCACCAGCUGGCUGCUGCCCUACAACUAUACCUGGUCACCAAAAAAAGUGUUUGUGCAUACACCAACAACCAACUACACUCUGCAGGACUACCGUCGCUUCUUCCAGGACAUUGGCUUUGAAGAGGGCUGGCUCAUGCGGCAGGACACAGAGGGGCUGGUCGCCAUGGUGCCCCCUGGAGUGCCACUGCACUGCCUCUAUGGCACCGGUGUGCCCACGCCAGACUCCUUCUACUACGAGAGCUUCCCUGACCGUGACCCUAAAAUCUGCUUUGGCGAUGGCGAUGGCACUGUGAACUUGGAAAGUGCCCUGCAGUGCCUGACCUGGCUCGGCUCCCAGGAGCACCGAGUGUCUUUGCAGGAGCUGCCAGGCAGUGAGCACAUCGAGAUGCUGGCCAAUGCCACCACCCUGGCCUACCUGAAACGUGUUCUCCUUGGGCCUUGAUUGCUGUGCCAGGCAGGGACUCUGGAUGGCUUGGCCACGAGGCUUCUCUUUGCCUCUGGGGCUGUCACGGCCAAAGUUUGUGACUGAUCAUGGGAGACUCUGGGUCUCAGGCUGUGAAACACCUGCCGUGGGGGCGUGCUGUUUCUUAUCUUUCCUCUGUGGCAGUGAAGAAGGAAGAAGUAAGUGUGGACGUGAGGGACCACGGACCCACGGACGGGAAGACUGCUGCUGAUGGAAUUGUGACCUCAGGACUGGCUCAGCAGGGUGGAUUGGCUGGCAGCUGGCCCCAAUCCCCAGCUCCAGGGCCACACGUUGCUCCUACCCCUGUGGCCUUUUCACAUUUGCCCACCGGGCCCUGGCCCCUCAGGCGACCCCUCCCGUGUGGUAGCCACAGGUUGGUCUGCCACUGGCCAUGGGUGGCUGGAGCUGCUGGCUUCCCUGUGGCCUGGCUGGUAGUCCUCCUAACCGUGGCUUCCUGGCGACAGCCUAGAACCCCCUGCAGGCAGGGGCAGUUUGUGUUCUCCACAGUCCUGGGGUAGUCACUCUACUCCUCCUACCUCCCUCAUGUCGAAGAGCAGCCUAGCCAUGGAUUGGGCAGCAGAGGGGCCUCCAGUUCUUCAGGCUGCAUCAUGGGAACUGUGCUCCUGGUUAUAUGUUGGCCGCAGUAUUGAAGCUGGCUCCCUUCACCUGGGACUGUAGUUCAAGGAUGAGAGCAGGGUCCAGUGCCAUGGCCAUCCAGGGCCUGAGGGAGAAAGGGAGUUCAAGGAAGCAUCCAAGGCUGUGAAGAGCUGCCCUCUUGCUAACCCCACCACCACAUUGCUGCUCUGCCCAGGGUUUCUCUAGCACCCAGUGGGGCUGGCACAGGGCUGAGAGGUGGUGAGGCACCUGCUCCCACCAGGCGGCGGGGUGGUAUUUUGUCUGCAGGGACCAGCCCGGGGUCCCCUGAGAGAGCAGGGGUUUUCUGUUUGGCCCAGGGAUGCUGCACAGUUCUCCCUAUGAUAGCAGGGAUGGAGAACAUGGCCCUGCCUGUUGGUCGCGGGCUCCUGGUGGCAGCUGGCCAGGAUUUGGGUCAAGCCUCCACAUCAGGUUCCCAAAGCCACAUUCAGGCUAGACUGUGCUGUUCUCCCACAAGAUUUCUGUGGAGCUGGAUUUUCCCUGCUGCCUACACACCCAACAUCUGUCCCCCCCUUUAUUCCUGAGUGGGGGCCCCCCAUGGGGCUCUAAGUAGGCUGUACCUUGAUUCUGGCAAUAAAAGUAUUCUGGAUGCUGUAA